GAGCUGCGCUUGAGGGGGAGCGGAUCUGAAGGGCCCAGUCCGGCUGUGAGAGGCAUCCUUUUAACUUUCACACAUGGCGCUGUAGUAUAAGCACUUUUUUUUUUCUCUCUCUCUCUCUCUCCUCCGUGGAUUUGUGGAAAGGACCGCUUUUUCAUAAAGAAAGUCGCCCGUUUUCUGUGCAGCUGCGGGCGCUCAUCAUGGAGAUGCAAAGGUGGAGCACCAGGUGGAAAACGAAAAGGUGGCUAUGGGACUCGACGCUCACCGCUGUGGUCACAUUAAUGUUAAUCCUACAAGCUGCCAAUGUUCGAGCAGCUGAACCAGUGGAUGUACUGAAGGUGCUAGACUUCCAGAGCUCUCCUGAAGGAAUACGGAAAACACCAGGCUUCUGCACAGUGCGGAGAGGAUCCAAACCCGACAUAGCUUACCGAGUAGGAAAAAGCGUCCAGCUCAGCGCUCCGACCAAACAGCUCUUCCCAGGGGGAGUUUUCCCAGAAGACUUCUCCAUCCUGUUUACCGUCAAGCCCAAAGCCGGCCUCCAGUCGUUCCUGCUGUCCGUGUACAACCAGCAGGGCAUCCAGCAGCUCGGCGUGGAGGUGGGCCGUGCGCCCGUCUUCCUGUACGAGGACCAGCAUGGCAAACCCGCCCCGGAGGAGUACCCUUUGUUCCGCACCAUCAACCUCGCCGACGGCAAAUGGCAUCGUGUAGCCAUCAGCGUGGAAAAGAAGAGUGUUACCAUCAUCGUGGACUGUAAGAAGAAGGUGGUCAGGCCACUUGGCAGGAGUGAGCGGGCUGUCAUCAGCACAGAGGGCAUUACUGUCUUUGGAACCAGAAUCCUGGACGACGAGGUCUUCGAGGGGGACAUCCAGCAGCUGCUGAUAGUGGCAGACCCCAGGGCCGCCUACGACUACUGUGAACACUACAGCCCCGACUGUGAAACGCCGAGCCACCACGACACCCCCCAGGCUCAAGAACCCGAGGACGAGUACACUAACUAUGAGUAUGGUGAGUUCUAUGACUACAGUGAAGGAGAGGUCACCACUGACCCUGCCCCAACAGAAGGAGCCAAAACUGAGACAUAUGUGGGUGGAGAUUACUACACAGGCGAGUAUGACUACACCACAGUGGAUGGAAAUCCACCUGAAACUCCCACUGAGACCACCGGACAAGGCCAGAGUUACGAUAGCGAGAUCGUGGAUGAUUAUAUCACGGGCGCGGAAGAGGUCGGGGCCGACCCCACUGUCGCCGUGGAAACCGUUGCCCCGGUGGACACCGGGAAGACGGUGGAUCCCGCCAGCGACGUGUAUGAGUUUAAGGAGUACGACCUGAAGGAAUACGACCACAAGGAGUUCGUGGAGAAACCAUACGACUACGGCGAUUACGGAGAUUACGGCACCACCGAAGCCAAGCCCACCCCUGUAACGUACGAGGAGGAGAUCGGGCCCGGCGUGGCGGCCGAGACGGACAUCAGAGAGAGUAUGGGUGGAAGCCACAGCUACCUGGGAGAAAAAGGAGAGAAGGGUGAACCUGCUGUCAUCGAGCCAGGGAUGCUUAUAGAAGGACCCCAAGGAGCCCCCGGCCAAGCAGGUCUUCCCGGUACCCCAGGAUUACAAGGUCCCCCAGGUACCCCAGGAGAUCCUGGAGAGAGGGGUCCUCCCGGCCGUCCCGGUCUUCCCGGUUCAGACGGUGUCCCUGGGCCUCCAGGUACCGUCCUCAUGCUCCCAUUUCGUGCGGGCGGCGAGUCGCAUAAAGGACCCGUGGUUUCGGCCCAGGAGGCUCAGGCUCAGGCCAUCCUCUCCCAGGCUCGGCUCGCCAUGAGGGGUCCUCCUGGGCCGGCAGGCAUGACGGGGAGAUCCGGUCCUGUGGGAGGUCCUGGUGCUCCUGGACUUAAAGGUGACCGUGGGGACUCUGGACCACAGGGACCCAGAGGUCUUCAGGGUCCAACUGGACUUCCAGGGAAAGCAGGAAAGAGGGGUCGUAACGGAGCUGACGGAGCACGAGGAAUGCCGGGAGAAGCAGGAGGCAAGGGUGAUCGAGGCUUCGACGGCCUCCCCGGUCUUCCUGGAGAGAAGGGACACAGAGGGGAAGCGGGUCCAACAGGUCCUCCAGGAUCUCCAGGAGACGACGGCCCUCGGGGAGAAGAUGGUCAAGUUGGACAGAGAGGUGUUGCUGGUGAGAGUGGUCCUCGAGGUCUGCUCGGCCCCAGAGGGUCUCCAGGUCCUGCAGGACAGCGCGGUCUUCCUGGACUUGAUGGGCAAGCCGGUCCCAAAGGAAACAUGGGUCCACAAGGAGAGCCGGGGCCUCCUGGGCAGCAGGGCAUGCCCGGUCCACAUGGUCUUAUUGGUCCUCAAGGUCCAAUCGGGCCUCCUGGUGAAAAAGGACCUCAAGGCAAGCAGGGCCUGGCCGGCCUCGCCGGUGCUGACGGCCCUCCUGGUCACCCUGGUAAAGAGGGUCCUGCGGGAGAAAAGGGAGCUCCUGGUCAUCCUGGUCCUAUGGGAUCCAUCGGUUACCCUGGACCGCGUGGUGUAAAAGGUGCAGAGGGAGUCAGAGGCCUUAAAGGUGACAGAGGAGAAAAGGGAGAAGAUGGUUUCCCUGGUUUCAAGGGAGACAUGGGCCUGAAGGGUGACAAGGGUGAAGGUGGUGUUGUUGGCCCCAGAGGAGAGGACGGUCCUGAGGGUCCCAAGGGCAAGUCAGGCCCCACCGGAGAAUCCGGACCGAUAGGAACAGCCGGAGAGAAGGGAAAACUUGGAGUUCCUGGAUUGCCUGGUUACCCUGGAAGACAAGGACCGAAGGGCUCCAAUGGCUUCAACGGAUUCCCAGGAGCAAACGGGGAGAAAGGAGCCAGAGGAAUUGCUGGCAAAUCUGGCCCGAGAGGGCAGCGCGGCCCAACGGGUCCCCGUGGAGGGCGUGGCGCUCGAGGACCAACUGGAAAACCAGGAGCAAAGGGCACCUCAGGCAAUGACGGACCUCCCGGCCCGCCAGGAGAGCGCGGACCUCAAGGACCGCAGGGACCCGUCGGCUUCCCCGGACCCAAAGGACCCAACGGCCCGCCGGGGAAAGACGGGCUGCCCGGUCAUCCCGGACAGCGGGGAGAGACGGGCUUCCAAGGAAAGACGGGACCCCCCGGACCGGGAGGAGUGGUCGGACCGCAGGGGCCGACAGGAGAGACAGGACAGAUUGGAGAGCGAGGACACCCCGGCUCCCCGGGACCGCCCGGCGAGCAAGGUCUCCCCGGAGCCGCUGGGAAAGAAGGCGGAAAGGGGGAUCCGGGUCCUUCUGGUCUGUCUGGGAAGCCCGGACCUGCGGGGCUGAGGGGCUUCCAGGGGGCAAGAGGUCUUCCAGGGGCCAUGGGUCCAGCUGGCUUGAAGGGAGGCGAAGGACCGCAGGGUCCCCCCGGUCCCAUCGGUUCUCCUGGAGAGAGAGGAGCUGCCGGUCCCGGAGGCCCCAUCGGUCUGACAGGACGUAACGGCCCGCAGGGACCGCCAGGCCCCGCCGGAGAAAAGGGAGCUCCUGGAGAGAAAGGUCCGAUGGGUCCUGCUGGUCGUGAUGGUAUUCAGGGACCUGUUGGUCUUCCCGGUCCGGCUGGUCCACAGGGUCCUCCUGGAGAAGAUGGUGACAAGGGAGAAGUUGGCGGCCCUGGACAGAAGGGAAGCAAAGGAGACAAGGGUGAACUCGGUCCACCGGGUCCAAGCGGCCUCCAAGGUGUGGUUGGAGCUCCUGGUCCAGCUGGCAGUGAUGGUGAAUCCGGGCCCAGAGGACAGCAGGGCAUGUUUGGCCAGAAGGGAGACGAAGGACCGAGAGGAUUCCCGGGUCUCCCGGGACCCAUCGGACUGCAGGGCUUGCCGGGCCCUCCCGGUGAGAAGGGAGAGAACGGAGACGUGGGACCGAUGGGUCCACCUGGUCCUCCUGGUCCCAGAGGUCCUCAGGGUCCCAGUGGCGCCGAUGGAGCACAAGGUCCACCUGGAGGUAUUGGUCCAAUGGGAGCCGUUGGCGAGAAGGGAGAAACCGGCGAGGCUGGAAACCCAGGAGGCCAGGGAGAGCCUGGUGGCAAAGGCCCUAAAGGAGAGACUGGCGAGAAGGGAGAAACCGGCCCCCCAGGAGCCGCCGGACCCCCCGGCGGCCGCGGACCUCCCGGAGACGACGGUCCCAAGGGUAACCCGGGUCCCGUCGGCUUCCCGGGAGACCCGGGCCCCCCCGGAGAGCCCGGUGCUGCUGGUCUCGACGGUCUGGCCGGUGACAAAGGAGACGAUGGAGAAAUCGGACAACCUGGCCCUCCAGGUCCAUCUGGCGAAGCUGGAGUACCAGGACCUCCUGGCAAAAGGGGACCUGUUGGAGCAGCAGGUCAGGAGGGCAGACAGGGAGAAAAAGGAUCCAAGGGUGAAGCCGGCGCCGAGGGACCUGUGGGCAAAACCGGACCUGUCGGACCUCAGGGGCCUCCUGGGAAAGCCGGUGCUGAAGGUCUGCGUGGAAUCCCCGGCGCCGUGGGUGAGCAAGGCCUCCCUGGCGCUUCUGGUCAAGACGGCCCUCCUGGACCUCUUGGCCCCCCCGGACUUCCCGGUAUGAAAGGUGACUCUGGAUCCAAGGGAGAGAAGGGUCAUCCGGGUCUCAUCGGUCUGAUCGGACCUCCGGGCGAACCGGGAGAGAAGGGAGACAGAGGUCUGCCUGGACCGCAGGGGACUGGAGGUGGAAAGGGUGAUGCUGGUAUCGGCGGCUCUCCGGGUCCUCUCGGUCCUCCUGGUCCUCCUGGAAUAUCAGGUCCUCAAGGACAGAAGGGAUCUAAGGGAUCAACUGGUUCAGCUGGUCAGAAGGGAGACACUGGACUGAUCGGACCACCCGGACCUCCUGGUCCGCCCGGGGACGUCAUCCAGCCGCUGCCCAUCCAGCAGGCGUCCAGGAAGACCAGGCGGCAGGCCGAGGUGCAGGGAGACGAGGCGCCGGCCGACUACGGCAUGGAGGGCUUGGGCAUGGAGGGAAUGGAGGACGUCUUCGGAUCGCUCAACAAUCUCAAACAGGACAUUGAGCGCAUGAAGUUCCCCAUGGGCACCCAGGACAACCCAGCCAGGACCUGCAACGACCUGCGCCUCAGCCAGCCCGACUACCCCGACGGCGAAUACUGGAUUGAUCCAAACCAGGGCUGCAUCGGAGACUCGAUCAAAGUGUUCUGUAACUUCACUGCAGGCGGAGAAACAUGCAUCAACCCAGAUAAGAAAUCCACAGGAGUUAGAAUAUCAAACUGGCCCAAGGAGUCUCCGGGUUCAUGGUUCAGCGAAUUCAAACGUGGAAAAAUCCUGAACUACGUCGAUGUGGGCGAGAACACAAUCACCACGGUGCAGAUGACCUUCCUGAAGCUGCUGAGCUCCUCGGCGCGGCAGAACUUCACCUACAUUUGCCAUCAGUCCGUGGCGUGGUACGACGCCAAGGCUGACAACUACGACAAGGCGCUGCGCUUCCUGGGCUCCAACGACGAGGAACUGUCUUACGACAAUAAUCCCUUCAUCAAGCCGCUGAUGGACGGCUGCUCGCUGAAACAGGGCUACUCCAAGACGGUGAUGGAGAUCAACACCCCCCGCAUCGACCAGUUGCCCAUUAUUGACGUCAUGCUGAAUGACUUUGGGGACUCCAACCAGAGGUUUGGCUUCGAGGUCGGCCCCGUCUGCUUCCUCGGCUAGACGCACCCCUACUCCCCGCUGAAGGACAGGGUCAGAGGAUCCACUCGGAGAAGCGGCGGCGGCGGCUUCGGCGGCGUUCCCUCGGGCCCUGUCGUGAAGGCGCUGAGCAGGGGAAACUACUCCUCGCCCUUGUAGGGCCAGAAUCACAUGACUUUAACUUAGUAACGGGAGUGACAUCAGGAAAAAAAAAAAAAGGACAUUUGAUGCCGUGGCGGACAGCGGCGCACCGCCGGCGUCAGAGAGGGGAUCCACUCCGCCCCCACCGCCACCACCACCGUGCCCCCCCCCCCCCCCCCCCCCCCCCCCCCUCUCUGGAAGCCCCGGGUGCUGCUCCAAACACAACCACAGAGGUGCUUUUGUGCAGAAUCACAAAACACUUAAGGUGCUACAAAAAGUGCUUUUUGAUAAAACUGUAAUUAUUAUUAUUAUUUUGUACAAUACUGUUCCUUUUUGAAUCCACUCUAAAAAAAAAAAAAAAAACUUUGCAUGGCCCCCCCACAAGCUCUAGAAGUUUCAAUAAAUAUUCGGUAAUCUAUGCUAGAAUAAAUCUUAUAAAUAUAUUUAAUGUCUGUUUAGGAACAAAAUGAUGCUGUCGUUUUUUUUAUGGCAAACAUUUCACAAAGAACUCUAAUUUGUAAGUAUGAAAUCAUCUUUUUGUAAAUAAUAUGACUUCCAAUAUGAGAUUUGAGGAAAAAA